CUCUCUCUCUCUCUCUCUCUCGCCCAAAAACUAACAACAAAAGCAAAGGAGAGCCAAUCUCUCUCACUCUGCAUCUUUGGAUUCUCGCGCAGGACCAAUUUCUUCUUCCGCCUCCUUCCUCCUCCGUCGUUUGGCCGUGGCUGGCCUCCCAUUGAAGAAACCCUAGAUGCUGCUGCUGCUGCUUCAGUUAUCCACUCGCUGCUGCCGGCAGGGCUGCAAAAGCUAUUGAGCUGGCUUGUUUGAAUGGACUUGGAUGAUAAGUUUCAUGGGAAAGUUUCUGGCGUUCAAAGCCUUUCUUCGAGUGUCCAAAGCACCCCAGAGAAAAAUGGUAACUCCGAUGAUGCUUCAAGAAGUCCAGAACUAAUUCAAGAGUUUCCGAAAUCUUCGGGUCCCAAAAAGGAACUUCUGCGUACUUGUUUUGAUAAGGACAAGAAGCUAUCAGCAUCGUUUAAAGGCAAAAUGACGGAACUGAAGUCGUUGGGUAGCAAAACAAUAAAGAAGCAGGAAUCCAAGAAAACGUCUCCUGCCACCAAUAAUCAACUUUCAAAGAAACAGAAAAGGAAGGGAGAAAACCCCAUUCGAAUAGUACCUGCACCAGACCUGUCUCCUGAUUUCGCGAGUUCAAACUCAUGGAUAUGUAAAAAUGCCGCCUGCAGAGCUGUCUUAUCCAUUGAUGACUCAUUCUGCAAGAGGUGUUCUUGCUGCAUCUGUCAUUCCUUUGAUGAGAAUAAAGACCCUAGUCUGUGGUUGUUCUGCUCAUCUGAAACAGCUAAUGAGGAUUCUUGUGGGCUCUCUUGUCACAUCGAGUGCGCCUUUCAGCACGAAAAGGUGGGAGUUGUUGAUCACGGGCAACUGAUGCAGCUAGACGGCAGUUAUUGCUGUGCUUCUUGUGGUAAAGUAUCAGGGAUUCUCGAGUCCUGGAAGAAACAGCUCAUUAUUGCAAAAGAUGCCCGACGUGUUGAUCUGCUGUGCUAUAGGAUAUACCUAUGUUAUAGACUACUUGAUGGAACUUCACGAUUCAAAGAGUUGCAUGAACUUAUAAAAGAAGCCAAAGCCAAAUUAGAAACCGAGGUUGGUCCAUUAAAUGGUGAUUCUGCGAAGAUGGCACGAGGCAUUGUCAGCAGACUCCCCAUUGCUGCUGAUGUGAAUAAACUAUGCACUAUUGCUAGUGAACGAGCAGACGAAUGGCUGGCUUCAGCCUCUAAUGUCAAUUCCAGCUGCAGAGAGGGCUCACUGCCCGCUGCCUGCAGGUUUUUCUUCGAAGAAGUGGCAGCGUCAUCAGUCAUAAUAAUUCUCAUUGAAAUGUCAGCUGCAUCAUCCGAAGAUAUCAAGGGCUACAAACUCUGGUAUACCAAGAGCAGAGAAGAGACUCCUCCAAAGGAACCCAUUUCCGUCUUCCCCAAGACUCAGAGGAGGAUUCUGAUAUCAAAUCUGCAGCCCUGCACUGAAUACACCUUUCGAAUUGUGUCAUACACUGAAUCUGGCGACUUGGGUCACUCAGAAGCGAAGUGUUUCACCAAGAGCGUAGAGAUAUUCCGUAAGCAUCCCAGCUCUUCUUCAAUCGCAGCAAAUGGUGGUACGAAAGACGAUAACACCACCACCACCAACGAUGGAGGAAGCACCUCCAAAGCCACUACAGAAGGCAGUAGUGACCUUUCCGGGUUCAGGGUUCGAGAACUCGGGAAGAUCAUCCGCAUGGCGUGGGCUCAGGAGCGAGUCUGCUCCGAUCGCUAUUGCUGUGAUGCUGCUGAUUCGGCAAAACCAGAGUCUACACGGGAUCACGAGCUGCCAGCUGCACUACGGCAACUCGAUCUCAACGUCAUGUCCGUUCCUGAUUUGAACGAAGAGCUCAUGCCUCCAUUCGAGUCGUCCAGAGACGAGGACAACGACUGCACUCUGGAGGAGCACGCCAUGGUGGAGGCGGACGAUGAGGCCGCUUCUCACGACAACGUAAAGAAGGACAGUUUAGAUAGAUCCAAGUCCAACGGCAGUGGCGACUCAGCCCCCGCGGUGGAUUCCCGUGGAGACAGAAAGAGGCCUGCCCCGUCUCAAAUGGCCAACGAGGACGUCCAUGACUGCGACAGCACUCUCAUCAACGGCUCGCCACUUCGCCAGUCGAGAGGCUCCGGUUCGUUGGACGAAAACUUCGAGUCGUGUGUGAAGAUAAUCCGAUGGCUGGAAUGUGGCGGGCACAUCGAUCAGGAGUUCCGCCUGAAGCUGCUGACAUGGUUUAGCUUGCGGUCCACGGAACAGGAGCGGAGGGUUGUCCAUACCUUCAUACGGACCAUGGUCGACGACCCCACCAGCCUGGCGGAACAACUGGUCGACUCGUUCUCCGAUAUCGUAUCGAGCAAGCGGGCAAAGAAUGGCUUCUGCAGCAAGUUAUGGCAUUAAGGGAAGUGUUAUUCACUUCUCUUCAGUGAGGUGGUUCUAUCUGUUGGAUGGACGAACCCAGGGCUCCAGAUUAUGGUUGGUUUGGUUUUGGUUCGGCUCGGUUUGACCGAGUGGCGGAGCUGUCCUCGUUGGGGAAAUGAAGGGAAGGCAAAUGGAGUUUAAUCUGGAAGGAGGUUUGGAAUCCAAAGUCUAAUCGGGCAUUUGAAUUGUUCAGGCAAUUUAACUACUGUAGGUGUAGAGUACUUAGGGAAGGAUAAUCUCGAUUCUGAAUCUCCCAUCUGUAAUUGGAUAAAUUGUCAUUAUUGUUUAUGACCUUUCUUCCAUUCAAAGAAGGGUAAUUGAAUUGAUGACAGAUUCUUAGCUUUCGAAUAUGAGAGUCUACGACUACUCGACUAAACAUGUAUGGGGAUUUCACAAUCAAAUUGGGAUAAAAUUGACAGCCGAUGCUUAUUUGUCCGUUCGGUAGCUGCUAGUUUUGCAGGUUGC